AUGAUGCCAGAUCAUGGAGAAAAGCCGUGGCUUUUUGAUUUUCGUUCCUCGGAGAGAUUCCUGGUUGUAGUUGUGUCUAUUGCGAUUUUCACUGAUUCUUUUAUAUAUGGAAUGAUUGUUCCUAUCAUUCCAAUCGCUUUGGUUGAUCGACUAGGCGAACGGCCUGAAGAUGCACAAUAUCUAGUCUCAGUACUACUAGCAGUCUACGGCGCAACACUACUAAUUGGAUCCCCCCUGUUCGGAUAUUUCGCGGAUCAAUCCAAACUUCGCAGAAUCCCAUUUAUCCUCGGCCUCAUUGCACUAGGAACAUCCACACUCCUCUUUACUUUUGCGCGAACUUUCCCCGCUCUCGUCAUUGCUCGCGGUCUCCAGGGGCUAUCCGCCGCAGCGGUGUGGGUCGUCGGCCUCGCCAUCGUAGCGGAUAGUGUACCGAGUGAGCGUGUCGGCGCGGCUAUGGGACAAACCACUAUUGGACUAACGUGGGGGUUUGUACUUGGUCCUAUGGUGGGAGGGUAUAUUUAUGAGCAUUUAGGAUGGUAUGGGACGUUUACGGUGCCGGCCGCUUUGGUAGUUGUUGAUAUUGCAUUGCGGUUUGUUAUGAUUGAAGCUCCGAAAAAUAACCAGCCUGAUAAGGCAGAGCAGAACUUGCAUUCAGAGCAUUCGCCGCCUGGAUUCAAUUCAUAUGACACUUUCAACGACGAAGGCAUUCAUGCUCCCGCCUAUUCUACUUCAACUUCAUCUCGGAACCAAGAAAAUGAAGCCGCUCCUCUUUUACAUCCCUCUCCUUUCCCCGAACAUGACCAAGACCCGGAUCGCAAAGUGCAAAGGGCUACAAUCUUCCAUCUUUUACUCUCUUUCCGCAUGCCAUUCGCACUACUAGCAACAUUAACCAUGGCAACUAUCUUCUCAUCCCUAGAAACAACCCUCCCCCUAUUCACAAUGCAAACAUUCAACUGGGGCUCCACCGGCGCAGGCCUAAUCUUCCUCGCCGUCUCAAUCCCAACAUUCGGCGGCGUAUUCAUCGGCGACGCAAUCCAUCGCAUCGGCGUCCGUAUCCUAGGCUCAACAGCCUUCGCAACAGGAUGCAUUUCCUGGAUCCUAAUGCGAUUUGUAACGACCAACAGCAUAGAACAUAUAGUUCUCCUCAUCAUCCUGUUACUUUUCCUCGGAUUGGCCAUUGCAACGAUCGAAAUUGCUGCAAUGACAGAGGUAGCAGGGAUUAUUGAUGAUUAUGAAGCUGCGCACCCUGGUGCGUUUGGGGGUAAGAGUCCCGUUGCGCAGGGCUAUGCUAUGUUUAAUAUGGCGUUCGCGGGUGGUCAACUUAUUGGGCCGCUUAUAGCUGCUGCUCUGAGGGUUAAUGCGGGGUGGGGUACUAUGACUUUGGUACUUGGGGUUAUUUGUGGUGUUGUUGCUAUUCCUGUUGGGCUUUUUAUUGGGCCACGGCCGGCUCGGGAAGGCGAGUCUGAA